AUGACAUCAGGUAAGAAGAAGUAUGAUCCACCUCGACAUCAAUGGACAGAGAAACAAACUUAUCAUCUACUCGAAACCAUCUCAUCCAGUCAGACUUACCUCGAUACUUUCUUCCCUCCCCAGUCCUUCAAAUCAACUUCGACGAAAUAUGAAUUGGAGAAAGAACUUUGUCUUUUGAUUUUGGACGAUACGAAAUGGAUGGAAUGGAUGAUCCAACAUAGUAAGAUACGGAGGAAUGGAGAUAGGUUGGAAGUGCUAGAGGGGUGGGAGAAGACGGGGAAUCCAGUUAGGAGUAGAUUGGAUCUGAUACAUAAAGAUGCGAGAGAUGCAAGAAGGUUACUAGGUAAAGCUACUUCACCUGAUGAUCUGAAACACAACAGUCAAGAAAGACUCAUAUGGAACGAUUAUAGGAAUUCGGGUAGAUAUACUUGGUAUUUCCUCUAUGUCCAAGCCCAGUUGGUACAUAAUCCAAAUUGGAUUAACAGUCCACAAACAACCAGUGGCUCGAGAAGCGGUGAUUCAAGUACACCGGGUUCUGAAGCUUCAUCCUCUUCUACUCCGUUGAGAAGUAUUAGCACAAAUCACCCCAAUGAUACGCCCUCUAGAAGGACUGUAGGAGGUGAUACUCCAGAAGGAAGGUCUAGCGCUCACAGCCAGCAUAACAUAUCGUCUUUGUCAAGACCGACUCUCGCUAGUACAUCUGUGUCAACACCUGUUCGGGCGCCUGCUCGGCCGGUAGUACCCAGCUCUUCAAGAUCAGCUACGACAGCGACAAAGCGUACAUUCCCAUGCCACUCCAUUCCUCGUGCAACGCCCUCAUCUUUCUCUCGAUCUACCCCUUCUUCCCUCGACAGCCGUCUUACCAAAAGACCUCGAACCUCUCCACCUACGCGACCAAGCGCUUCCAGGACUACACCUUUAAUACAGCGAGUAGGCAAUCUGGCUCCAGACGUCAUAUCCAUCUCAUCAGAUUCGGACUCAGACUCAAAUAGUGAACCGAAUGACUCGUCCUUCGAUGACGAAGAUGAGGAUGAUAGUACCGAUCUAGUCGAGAUCCAAGUCACCACCACCAUUCGACCUGAUCCAUCGUCUAAUAUUCUUUUCAUACCAUUUCCCACUAAUGGUCAUAAUCUUCAUACACCAUCUCGCACGAUACUCGAUCAAGCGCAGAACCUGGAAGCUAUAAGAAAUCUAUCAAGACCUAUAAUGACACCUAGAAAUCAUGACCAUUCAUCAGAUGACAGUGAUUCCGAUAGGGAGGAUGAAGAUGAAACUAUGGAAAAAUCUUUAAGACCAUCUACACCACCUUUCCCUCCUCCUCCUCCUUCUUCUACUGCAUCUACGUUAUUCUCCCAUAUAGGGGACAAUCAAAAUAGACAUACAUUGUCAGGCGCGAUACCUGAACAUUUCAUGGCGGAUAUGUUUUAUGAUCCAACGAUAAGAUCAUAUAGGUUAGAGGCCUUACAUCGCAAUCUCGGUAAAUCACCGCCCCCCGUUCAGUCUGCUGUACUAUCAAUUGUCGCUGCAUCUGCUGGGCCCGUGGAAGAUGAUGGGGUAUUGCGGUUGCACGCGGUCGAAGAUCAAGAUGAAGAAGAGGAGAUUAGGUACGGUCUGGUGUUCUCACCGUUGAUCAUCACCGAUGGGACUUUACCUGAUUUCCCUAUUGAUUUGGAUCUGGGUUCACCGAAAAUUGGAGAGAGGGAUAAACCGAUUGAGAUUUCAGAUAGUGAAGAGGAAAGUGACGAAGAGCAAGAGCAAGUGGUGAUUGUACAGCAAAAAACAAAUACUCAAAGCUCGGGAAGUAUACUGGGAAUCGAUAUUAGGCAAACUGCCUAUAAUCACCCUAGAGGUGGAGAAUUCGAAGAGCUGGUCGAUGAACAUGAAGAUAUGGAUAUGGAUAUGGACACGGAUAUGGAUAUACAAGAUGAUAGGGAAUUUGAUGAUCUUAAUUCCGAAUGUGAUGCUGGUGCGAGGGAUGAAUUAGAAGAUAUGGAUCUGUGUUCCGAUAUUGAGAUUGAACAGAGGAUUGAUGAUAGUUGGGAGAUGGUGGACAAUCCUGGAUCUUGCAAUUCGCCAAAUAGCAGCCCUCCAUCUACGACGAUUGCAAGCACAUCAACCCAGCCCAUGGAUCCAGUAAACAUGAGUUCUCCCAGCUCUCGCUCACUUGUGCACCCCCAACCUGACUCUGCUCAAGAUACACCUCGUACGAUGGAUUCUUUCGGUCCCAUAAUACGAAUACUGUUGCUCGAGUUGAAACAUACCAAAUCACGCGCACUGGAGGAUAUAGAAGUGGACUUCCGUUGUAGGCGAUCGCCGUCCAUCAAAUCGCUCGAAGAUAUCGUUGAAAUAAUGGGUGGGAAGGUCGUGGAUAUAGAUACAAAGCAGGGAGAAGGGAAAAUGACUUACAUGGUUGUAGAUAGUGGAGUACCAGAUGAAGGUGUUCCGAAAGGAAGGAGGGUGACGGUUGGGGAACUAUUGGGUGUGAUCGCUGAUUUGAGGGAGAGGGAGUUGAACGGGGUACCAUAA